AUGUUAGAGGGUAUGCACAUUACUGAGGAAUUAGCUAGGAAAACAUUGAGGGCUUCAAAGGUACAUCAGAAAAAAGUAUAUGAUCUACGGGCUAGGGGAAGAGAGUACCACGUCGGGGACCUUGUAUACGUGAAGAACCAAUCACGAUCUGUUGGACAAUCUCCGAAACUCCAAUCUGUUUGGAGUGGUCCUUUUGUGAUCACCAAGAAAUUUGGUCCGGUCGUGUAUGAGGUCCGUCGCCGCAAUAAGACCUCAGUUCUUCACCAUGACCGGCUAAAACAAUAUUUGUCUGAGGUCAUCCCGGCCUGGGUUACCAAGAUAAAGCAUGAUCUUGGUACCUCCUCUCUCCCAACGAUUGCUGAUGAAGACCAUCUUCCAACCAUGGAUAAGACUUUCGGGACAGAGGAAAACCACCACGAGCCGCAGAACAGCCAACAAUCACUGAAAGCCAGUUUUCCAGAGGAAGAGCCAAAGACACCCGUGCCAACUAGGAUGGGUUCACAGCGAACCAUCUCAGAUGAACCAUCCUGGUCCUCGCGUUACGGCCGGGUAUGUAAGCAGCCUACCAAGCUUGACCUUUAG